AUGCUGGAGCAUAUUGUCGGUCGGCCAAGUUUAGGAUUAAAGAGAGCCCAGAUCGUACUCGUCUUAACGUUCUGGAUAUGGCGCCUAAUUCGUGGAGGUCCAAAUGGUCCUGGGAUUUUCAGCAAGUUUAACGUCUACCUCAAGAGAUUCACACCAUGGCAAAUUAUCCUAUCCACGUUAUCCAUCAUGUACGCGUCAAGGAAUAUCGAUUGUAUCAUCGGGUUAGCCGCACCCGAUCCCCACUCACACCUCUACAAACCAGACUUUUAUCGAGCGACCUGGAUCGUAACCGCUCUCGACGCAGCUUUUGCAAGUUGCAUCCCGAUCCGACCCAAGUUUUUAAGGGAUCUAAUGAGCAUUUUGUUCACUGGGUAUUAUUUGGUGUUUGCGGGCGAUGCGGAUGAAAAGCUCCGAGUCAUCGGUUACUUCGACAGACCACGCCUCCCCGUCGUCCAAACCCUUCACAUUCCGCGUCCAGCCUCUUCCAAACAUUCGAUACCGAUCAAAAUAAAGUUAUUUUUUUCGAGAACGGAGAGGGAGUUGGCUUGGAUGAACGAAUUGGUGUUGGAUUUACCGGGGGGAGGGUUUGUGUGUAUGAGUCCCGAACAUCAUGAGGAAAGGUUGAGGAAUUGGUGUGUGAGGAUUGGGAGGCCUGUGGUUUCGGUUGAUUAUGGGAAGGCGCCGGAAUAUCCGUACCCAUGGGCGAUCGAGGAAUGUUUUGAUGCGUAUAAGGUACUGAUGGAGACGAAGGGGAGCGUGAUUGGUAUGUCGGGACGGUCGUUACGGAUUAUUCUCAGUGGAGAUUCCGCUGGUGGCAACCUUGUCGCGACGACAAUGUUCAAGAUUCUCGAAUACAACAACCCGACGCUCGGGCGAACUUUCAUCGUUCCUCCUGCCCCUUCCAUUCCCAGCUCUGCACCUACCCCAGCAACCCCAAGCACCGUACAAAAUCCAUCCACGAACCCUUCUUCCACUUCCCCCAUAAUGACAAACUCUCGAUCCCGUUCACCGUCAACUCCACUUCCACUCCCAAUCGCACUCGUCUUGGCAUAUCCAGCGCUUGACUUCAACUUUACGUCCUGGAUGACACCUUCCAAUCUACGUGUGUUGAGGGCUGAGCAUGAGAAGAGUGCGACUAGUUUGAGUUCACUUUUGACGCAACAAAAGGAUCACUUUUUGAUGAAGAAGAGUCCGUUGAGCGUUGUUGGGGACGUGGAUGUUGGUCGGGGAAAGGGGCAUGGAGGGAAAAGGGGGAAAGGAGAUGGGGGGAGUGUGAAAGAGAGGAGGGUGAGGAGGCAGAGGAGUUGGGCUGGACGGUUGUUGAGCGUUGGCGGUGGGGGAGAGCCGAUCUCACCCAUUACGAAGAAAGGUGGGAAGGGACUGUUUGGUUGGGAUGGGGAUGGACAUCGUGGAAAUGGGAAUGAAAGUGCGGAUCUGGAGAGGGGUUCACUCGUUGCUCCGAAGGAAGUGCCUUCCGUUACAUCGGAGACCCCUAACGCGGUGGCGGCGGCGGUGGUGGUCAAACAGAACGGAGGCGAUCAUGUAGCUAUGCCUGCGAGCGGCACUGGCACUGGCACUGGCACGGCUGCUACCUUUGCACCAGCUGGUGUGACUCGUCAAGUUGGAACUGGGAAAGGGGUCAGUGCAAGUUUUCGUGCGAGGGUGUUAAGUCGCGUAAGCGAGGUUAACGAUCUUGCUAUUGAUACGAACGUCACUGGCAAUUCUAAUCCUGUUGGGACCCCUGCUCGCGUGAAUGGCGCAGGCCCACAGGCUGGGCGUUCAUCGCCUCCACGACAGACGCAACUUGGUGGCGGCGGCGGCCUCUGGGAAAAUGUGUUUAGUUCUGGAGAGGAUGAGGAUGAGGGGGGGUCGUCCCAUACUGUUCCUUCUCCCGCGAAGAGGGACAAGUCCCUUUCUGCUGCUGAGGGCGUUAUUGAGGAAGAAGAUGACGGGGGGAACGAGAGCGACGACGAGGAAGACGAGGAAGAUGAUGAAGAUGAUUGGCAUGUAAGAUAUGGGAGGAUGGAAGAUAAGGAUAAACCCCUUUCUGCUAGGGUGCUUUAUUCUGAUGGGGAUGACGAUAAAGGCAAGGAGAAAGAACGUAAUGGGAAGAAAGAGGCGAAGAUGAACAAAGUUCCCAUUGGGACGAGGGUGACUAUGACUAGUCGAGCGGCCUUCUUUACCGAUAGGAUUAUCUCUCCUGCAAUGAUGCGCGCGAUGGCCAUCCUCUACGUUGGACCGAAGCACAAUCCGGAUUUCAUGACGGAUUAUUACAUCUCCCCGAUAUUUGCGCCUUCCCAUCUCCUUUCGCAUUUUCCACCUGUGCUUAUGAUUUGUGGUGAGAGGGAUCCAUUUGUGGAUGAUACUAUCAUCUUUGGUGGGAAGAUUCGCGAAGCGAAACGUAUGCGUAAGACGGAACUUCGUGCUGGUGUGGGUGGCGAAUCGUUGCGGCUAUCGUCUAUGAACCCCUCUGCGAAAGAACGAGAGCGUGAAAGACUUUUGAAUGAGAAGGAAUCGGAUUGGGUUGAUAUGCGGCUUGUGGAAGGAUGGGGACAUGGAUUUUUGCAGAUGACGGCGUUGCUACCGAGAGCAAAGUUGUUGAUCAACGAAAUGGCUGAUUGGAUGGGAGACCGAUUUGCAACCAGUAGUUCUGCUUCUGCAUCGGGUUCGGCCUUAUCCACCGUCCCUGGAAGGGCCAUUCGAGCUGGUUUCACUCAUAAACGACCCGGAUCACCCCGAAGGCCUGAGUUUUCACGUCGAGCGAGUACCGGGUCUGGUGGUGGUGAUGGGACCCCCGCUUUGGUUAAUGGUGAUGGAAACACGAGUUUCAAAGGCGCUCAACCCAUAUUCCCUCUCCCUUCUGCGUCACCCGUUAUUGGCACUAGCUCACCACCGUCAGGUGUGUCCCCAACUGCUAGGAUGGUGCCCAUGAACAGAAUCAUAAGUGAAGAGCUCUCAUCUACAUCUGCUCAGUCGACUGAGACGGAACGUGAUGCGCCGUUGUCGUUUACUCCUCGAAAAAACCGUUCACCACCGCCGCCACCGAGCCAAACUUCAUUUGGUGUUGGUAGUAAUGCAGUCGAUCUAAUAACCUCGCCCUCCGGUGCCUCUCCACAGCUACGACGUACUGCUAUGCCAGUUAAGCCUGAUGCAUCAGUAGCAUCAGUUGGUGAACUGCCCAGCGCUCGGCCGUUGAACUCAGCCACCCCGACGCUGUUGAACCCCGGGGCUAACCGUACAAGUCAAAGUCCAGUGGAGAAUGCAAGCGAGAUGCUAAAACAGACGGUGUCGCCAUCGCGACAACCUCCAAUAAUAAUACCCCCUUUAUUGGGGCCAUCUAUGCCCAACUCGACAAUGGGAGGGGCGACAACGGGGGCUGUGUUGCUUUCGGAAGCAGAACUCAUACGACGACGACGGGCCCAGGCUGUGUUUGGUAUGGGUGAAAUGAUGACCGCAUCAGCUGUGCAAGAGAGGGAAUUGAAUUCAGAGGUGGCUGACAACGAUGGGCGAUCUGAUGGUCUUGUUGGUGGUGGUACUGGUAAGAAAGCAUGCGCUGGUGGCGCUACAAGCAAUAAUUUUGAUGGCAUGGCGAACUCGAUCAAUGCCAAUGCCUUGCUCUCUUGGAACCAGCAGAGCCACACACCAGCUCGGGGUCGUCAAGGGGGCUGUGCGAGUCCUCACUUUGUUUUGCCCAGCCACUGCGACCCAAUCGCUCCUUUCCUCAAAACCGAAGUGCCAAGCCACGACCUUCAAAGUCUUCUCAGUCAAAGCAUGAGCACAACCCCGCUUGCCAGCAUGAGUUUCGAACGCGGUUCUAACGGAAAUACUGACGGAGAUAACAAUCCUCCUCGGUCAACAUCACCCGCAUCCACUUCAUCGCUGAAUACUCGCAUCCGCGCUUCAGCCUAUUCUGCAACCCUCCCUCCUCAAAAUCCUCCUCCCAACUUGGUUCCUCAACCUUCGACAAGUCAAGCCCCAGAACUCUAUCAUCCACCUCAUCACAACAUUAUGCGUAAUCCCACAGCAGGCCCCGCAGGCUAUUUUGGUCAACAGUUACCAGUCAUACUUCAUGAUUAUCCAACACCGCAUCAUCAAUCGAAUGCCCGUGGCAGUGGCAAGGACGAGGAAGAAGAUGUCGAAGAAGAUGACGAUGUUCGAAAGACAUUGCAAGAUAUCCUUCCCGGUGAAGAUGCUCCCGACAGUGACCGAGAUGAAGAAAAAAGGCGCCGGUCGAUGGCUUACCCUGCGCAUAUGGGUCCUUCUUAUCCCUUUAACCCUCAUCUAAAUGGUUCCGCAGGCAGCGCGCGCUCACCUCCGCAUAUGAAUCACGCUACCUCCUCUCGAUCCCCACCUCCUGCACCACCUCCGCAAGCCCCACUUCCUGCUACAUACUUCCCCAGUAAUUCAGCCGAGUUGAACGCUGCUUGGGCUACCAAAGCUGCCUGGAUGGGUCCGCUCCCGCCGUCUAACGGGCCUCCGACAAAACGUAAACGUGGAUUAUCACCGGGCGGCCGGCACGCUCGCCGUUCUCCUCCUCUCGAGUCGAUUAAACUUCGUGUGAUGGAUCAAGGAACUUCUUCUUUCACAGAUAUCACACUCGACGAGAAUGGAAACGCGAUUCACCAGACGACGGUUGUGAAGGAUAUCGAUGCGCCCCUAAGGUCUCGUAGCUUAGGCGAGGAUCACAGCGAAGGCGCGAGCGAGAACGGCGCUGAGGUUGGAGGUGCCGAUCGUGGAUCGCCUAGCGGUAGUCAAUCGGGAGAUGCUACAGGACCUGGAGGUACCCGUUUACCACCUAUCAUGCAAGUUGAAAAGCACGUCGUCACGACUACAGCCACUCAGCAAGCUAGCGCCAGCCGACGAAGGAACGAUGCGUUAUUCAAGUGUCCCGUUCCGGGAUGUGGAAGUACUUUCACAAGACGAUUCAAUUUGCGAGGUCACCUACGAUCGCAUACCGAGGAGCGACCUUUCGUGUGCGAAUGGCCUGGAUGCGGUAAAUCAUUUGCGAGGAAACACGAUUGCAAUCGUCAUCAAAGUCUCCACUCUGCCCAGGGUGCCCAGCAUACGUGCGGUGGCUGUGGCAAGUCGUUCUCCCGGACGGAUGCUCUUAAUCGACACCUGCGCUCUGAAGGGGGAGCAGCAUGCAAGAGAGCUGCCGCCGCCGCACAACGUAACAACGGGGGUGGCAGUGGCACGGAGGCUCGAGGAUCAUCUACCGCGGCUGCUGCUGUUGCUGCUGCCGCCGCGGCUGCGGCAGCUGUGGCGGCGGUAGCUGGCCACGCACUCGUGCCAAUCAAUCCUCACCCAGACGAGCACGUUCCACCUCCCCCCCCGCCCCCGAAUGGACUCAUCAUUGAUCACGAGUUUCCCUCGCAAGGGACGCCUCCUGCACCCCCUGUGUGA